CUGCUUUUGAGAAUGAACGUUCGCUCAAAUAAUUAAUUAAACGCAAACGCAAUACAAAUUCAGAAUUGGCCCGACCUUAAUUUGUGCGCUACUUUUGUUGUGAAUUAUUGAUUGGAAUCAAAUAAAAAAAGGGUGAAGUAUGGCUUCUCAGAUACUUCGACGAACCUUUUCAAACCCUAGGUCAUUCUCUUCUGCCACCACUCCGAUUCGUGCCACUCUUUUUCCCGGUGACGGUAUCGGUCCUGAGAUCGCCGAAUCCGUCAAACAGGUAUUCCAAGCCGCUGAAGUUCCAAUUGAAUGGGAAGAGCAUUAUGUAGGGACUACAAUUGACCCUAGAACGCAGAGCUUUCUUACAUGGGAAAGUUUAGAAUCGGUAAGGAAAAAUAGGGUUGGCUUGAAAGGGCCAAUGGCUACCCCUAUUGGAAAAGGACAUCGUUCGUUAAACCUUACUCUAAGAAAAGAACUUAAUUUAUAUGCGAAUGUCCGACCUUGUUACAGCCUUCCUGGCUACAAAACUCGAUAUGACAAUGUAGAUCUCAUCACAAUCCGUGAAAAUACGGAAGGCGAGUACAGUGGACUUGAACAUCAGGUUGUGAGGGGUGUCGUUGAAAGUAUCAAAAUUAUUACACGUCAAGCAAGUUUAAGAGUGGCUGAGUAUGCUUUUCACUAUGCCAAGGCACAUGGAAGAGAGAGGGUGUCUGCGAUACACAAAGCCAACAUUAUGCAAAAGACGGACGGUCUUUUCCUGAAGUGUUGCCGUGAGGUUGCUAACAAAUAUCCAGAGAUAGUAUAUGAGGAAGUUGUCAUUGACAAUUGCUGCAUGAUGCUUGUGAAGAAUCCUGCACUUUUUGAUGUAUUGGUGAUGCCUAACCUUUAUGGUGAUAUAAUCAGCGACCUUUGUGCUGGCUUGAUUGGAGGAUUAGGCUUGACACCCAGCUGCAACAUUGGCGAGGGAGGUAUUGCACUUGCUGAAGCUGUACAUGGCUCAGCACCUGACAUUGCUGGGAAGAAUUUGGCAAAUCCAACUGCUUUGCUGUUGAGUUCUGUCACCAUGUUGCGCCAUUUGGAUCUCCAUGAUAAAGCAGAUGGUAUUCAAAAUGCCAUCCUCAACACAAUUGCAGAAGGGAAGUACCGAACUGCUGAUCUUGGUGGCAGUUCAAAGACAACAGAAUUUACAAAAGCAAUUAUUGACCAUCUUUGAUUUUUGCAUUCCUGUCCGCAAGAAAUUGUUAAUUAUAAUUUUGUUUUAGUCAAUUUUUUUUAAUUUCCCCAAAAUUUUCCAGAGGAAUAGGAUUACCUCACAUAAUGGAUAAAGUUUCUACCUACAUGUUUGACAUUACAACCAGACAAGAAAUGUGCAAGCAUUUCAAAUAUUUUGAUAGGGGUCCUUUCAAAAUGCACAUUGAUUGAUUCUCGCCAAUCUAUUUUAAUAUUCUUUGUCAAUAAUAUAGUUAAAUAAUGAAAGUACCAGAUGCUGCUUCAUUCGGCAUGAUCA